GCUUCGGCCACUUCCGUGAAGCCAACCCUCGUUCUUUCGAUAGAUACAGACAUUUAGUUGCAUUGCAGGUGUGUUGCCUGGCAAGCUGGCGCUGGUACAUUUAUGCCUGCGGCGUCUCCAAGGAAGCUGCCACUUCAGGACGACGACGAGGAAUCAAGGGACCGAGGCAUGAACCAAGGCGGCCAUGGCGGACGAUUCUCAUGGCUAACAGCUCUGGGGUUCACGUUCCUGACGUUCAACUCGGGCAUGGCGAUCUACCGGUCGCAGCGCGACCCUGGAUCGGUAGCAUUCGUGGUGGUCUCCUACCUGGACCUGGUGCUGCUCUUCGCGUGCCUCCGCAUCUUCGAGAGAACGCCGCGGGAGUCGCCUCGCCGGGGAUGGCUCAAGGUCUGCGUGUGGGGGCUGACCACGCUGCUCACCGUCAUGUUCUCGCACAAGGUCGCCGCCAUCAUGCCGCCGCUGGUGGCGCUCGUGGUCUGGGCCAUGGCGUUCGCCACCAUCGGCGGCGGCUUCUACGCCUUCUUCAUCCACGGGGACAAGACCGCCCAGCUGGAGGAGGCGGGGAACCGGUGAAUGUUGCCGCCGUGCAUGGCGUGGACCUUGCCGCUGUGGACCUCCGCUAUGUUUGUUGUAUUACCAUUUACCCCUAUAUUCGUGACUUGUGAUUGCACAUUUCCGUGUUUCUGCGAUCAAUUAAUUACUCUCUGCAUGCCUUCACGUUUCGGUUU